UCCCUCCACCAUCUUUCGUCCAACAACUACUACAAAUCUCCCCUCCCACCCCCCCUCCUUCACGUUCGCUCUUGACCGUCAAUCUACCUUUCCCGACAGUCUUAUUGUCCGCCGUGUCUGUUGCUUUACGGCACACGUCUUGUUCUCUAACACAAGUCCUCUCCACAGCUACCUCGAGUAGUCUGACAAGAUGGCCGGUCCCGGUGGUGGUCCUCCUCGCAAGAGCCACACCAAGUCUCGCUUUGGCUGCAAAACCUGCAAGAGACGUCACAUUCGCUGCGAUGAGACCUUCCCUCAAUGCCGUAACUGCACCAAGCACAACUGUCGCUGUGACUACAUGGAUGUCGCAGCCGUGCACGAGGAGGCCGCCUCAAUCCGCAACGUCCCUGACCUUCUGAUGUCGGCAGAGAUCGAGGCGGAGAUCAAGAACUGGCACGUCACAGGAGUACCUCCGUUCCCCGAGUUGAUGCACUUUCCUCGCAAUAGCUGGAGCAAACUCUCACGCACCGACCUGCGUCUUGUUCACCACAUUAUCGGGCUCUCUAUCGAUCUCCACCGUCGGGGGCUCGGAAACUGUACCGUCUGGGCCCAAAAGAUGCCAACCUUCCUUACUAUUGCGCUCACCAACGACUUCGUUAUGAGCUCCAUCUUGACCAUGGCAGCUUCCCAUCUGGCAUGGAUCACUCGCAACCAAGAAACCAAGCAACUCGCAUACCAUCAUAGAGGGGUAGCCAUUCAAAGACUCCACAAGGCGAUUGGCGCGUUCUCUCAAGAGAACUGCGAUGCUAUCCUUGCUGCUUCUAUUCUUCUGUCAUGGCAGGCAUCGGAGUGGCAGAGCUGGGCCUCAUUACAGCAGGGCUUGACUACAGUCUUGAACUCGAUGCACCCCAGUUGGAAACAUGAGUCAGAGCUGGCUAUGUAUUUGGAGAACCAGAGAUACCUAGGCUGCACCAACACCCCAGUCAUGUCUGGCUACCAAUUUCAAGAUGAGGAUCUGGCAAGCCUGGACCAGGUCAUGAUAGCACUGCAAACCGUACAGAAGCGGACCUCGCACAACCACGACCAUUAUCGCCGCAUUGGCGAACUCCUCGAAUUUGUACGACACUUCCAGCGCGAUCUUCUUUCCCAGACUCCCGAGCAGGCCUUUGAGCGGAUGCAACCGCUCCGCAGGUGGCUCUUCUGGCUCCCGCCGGCCAUGCUACGGCCCGAAGACGCAGAUGUCGGUUCUCUGUCGAUCCUGGCCCAGUUCUUCGGUGUUGGAGUGGUACUCGACAGCUUGUUCCCGGAUCUAGGAGGUGCUUAUCUAGGACCACUUUCUCUGGGGCCCAUUGAGGAGAUCUACCGGCUCAUCGUCGCUCGAAGCGCCACAGACCCGUUCAACCCUGAAGUUCAGCUAGCAUUGUCAUUUAUGGACCUCCCUCGCCACAUUGUUGCGAAGUACAAAAGCCGUCUACAGUGGUCACCCCGCACCUCGAUUGACCACUAUUCACCUGCCCCACCUAGUCCCUACCACAAUGUCCACGACUACCGUCUCGCCUCCUCUUCUUCUCCCUCCUCUGCGUCCGCCACCUAUGCUCCCUACACCCCACCCCUGCAGUCUCCUCCCGCCGUUACCAUCGCCAGUCCUCAAUUCGACGUCACCGGAUCCUACGUGACGGCCCCGCCGUCUACCCAAAGCCUUUACCCACCAUCGCCCCGUUUGCUCUCCGAUCCGCGCGAGGACUUGUCAGACUAUAGCCAUACCGGGUCUCUGCAACAACACUCUUCCCUCUUUCAGACACCAUACAUGAAUGAUGUGGUCUGUGGGGACUUGCCACGUUUAGAUGGAUCUGUGGGGCUAAACAUGCAGUUCUACGAGGAGCCCCAUCCUGUAUUUGGGGCUUACCAUGUUCCAGAAUCAGGAUGGAAUGGCAGUGUCUGCACCUAAUCAAUCUCAAUGGUUGAUUUUUCCUUACCUCUUUUUUCUUUUCUGGUGCUAUGGAACAAAAUACGGCAUAAAUCGGGAUUCGGUUGUGGGAGCGAAUGGCUAAUAGAGCGGAUGAAAUUAUCUUUCUUUCUUUUUUGUUUUUCUUAUCAUGAAUCUGCAUUGCUAUGC